CAAUGUUUAAUCCAUCCAACUUGCCAGUACCCCAACUCGAAUCCCUCAAAUUCAAAGCCAACCAGAUCAUCGAGUCCAUCCAGGCGCUACAACGCACCAUCGACGUUGGCGGCCAAAACGUUAUGCCAGCCUGGCCCGACAUCCUUUCCAAAUACAACAUCAUCCUCUCCCAAACCCACUCUUUCUCCACCUCCCUCAUCGCCUCCCAAACCGUAUCACAGGCUGCCCACCAGUCGAGCAUCGCUCCACGGCCAACAGGCAGCAUGUUCGAACGGAUUGCACUGCAUCCGAGUGUCGCUCUCCCCGACGCCACGCUCGACAACGAGAUCAUCCCGCUGCUAAGAAAUCAGCAAACGACGGACGUGCUCAGCAUGGAGAACGAGACGGCGCGGCGGCUCGCCGAGUGCAUGCACACGGGCGGCGCGGUGCGCAUGGCGGGUGUGCAGAGCAACCAGGUCGCCGGGGGUGGGGCGGCGCGCACGCGGCACGAGGACGUGCUGGCCGAGUGUGCGCAGAUCCGGGGGGAGCAUGAUCGGCGUGUCGAUCGCGCCGUGAGGGCGGUGACGAUGCUCAGGGACAAGUUCGAGUGGAAGCAGCGCGUCGAGGUGGAGGUGGAGGAGCCUGAGGAGAUCGAGUGGAGCGCGAGGCAUCGGCAACACCAUGAUCAUGACGGGGAUGACGUGGACAUGGGUCAUGAGGGCGAUCACGGCGACGUGGACGAGGGACAGAGUAGCGAUGACGAAGAACUGGUCGAAGGGGCGCUCACGGACGUGAAUGGAGACAUUGGCACGCCUGCUGAAGAGACGUCAGCAGUGGGAACUCCUGCGGUGGACACGCCAGCUGACGAGGACAUAAACAUGGGGACUCCGCCUGCUACCACGUAGGAUGGUCACCACGAAUGUACAACUUCGUCUGCUGGCUGCUUCAAAACGUUAGCACAUUUGCCUACACCUUUUCAAGUCUUGUGCGUUUUGCGGCAGUCCUGGGUCUAUUUGGUAAAUGACUUGUGGAAUGUGGCACGUCGCUACGGUCUUCUCGGAUAACUCACACCCAACGUCAAGUGGAUUGGCACGACAAUUCAGAUCUUCAAGACUCACGAACAAUGCGCGAUCCACUUGAAAUCCACGCGUCGUCCGAUAAUCCGAGCGUCCAUCUAAAUAUGUCAUCG